UCGCAUCGUCCUCCACUCCUCCGCCCUUUUGACCCAACCCCACCGACCCAACGAACGCGAGGCCGCUUCGGCAACCUCCUCCGCGCGAUCCCCCAACCCCCGCGAAACCCUAGCUCUCGCUCGCGCGGGGUGCGCCGAUGCGGAGGUGGCUGGCGGAGGGGGUCAUGGAGCUGGCGGUGGGGGCGCCGGAGUCGAACUCCUCCUUCUCCUCCUCCCCCUCGGGCGCGACGCCGUCGUCGGGGGGCCCGAUGUGGUGGGUGUCGGGGUGCCACGGGACGGUGUACAGCCUGGCGGUGAUGCUCCCGUCGUUGGCGUUCGUCGGGUUCCUGGCGUGGCAGGCGCGCCGGAGCUUCCGCCGCCUCAGCUACGGCCGCUCCCACGUCGUCGUCGUCGCCUACUACGCGCUCCUCUGGGCCGUCGCCGUCCUCAACCUCCUCUGGUGCUUCCUGCAGGCGUGGCAAUGUAUGCCUGAUAGGGCGUUCUCAUGGAAUGUGCUGUCUCUGUUUACCAAAUCAGGGAUGUUAUUCUUGGAAGUUAGUCUCAUAGCAUUUCUGCUUCAAGGAAACGAAACCAGUGGUUUUGAAUCUUUGGCACGUACGUUUGUUAUCUCUGGAGCUGUAGUUGCUGCUGAUGUAUUGCUCAAGACUAUAUAUGUUUUUGGGUUUGGUGUCUCUUUGUUCAUUGAUGUUGACCAAGGAACUGGUGGGAAGUGGGGCCUAUGGUUUCUACACAAAUUGGUGCUUACUGGUGUCUAUGGCCUGAUUGUGUUCAUGUAUCACUCAAGGUGGAGAGACAGGUUACCUGCAAAACCAGCAUAUUAUAACUAUGUCUGUGCGAUGUUACUACUGAAUGGCAUAUCACUGUUUGGAUGUUUCCUUGUUGCAACUGGAGCUGGAUUUGGUUUAUGGUUGUACAAUCUCACCAGUGUAUGUUAUCAUUCUCUUUACCUUCCACUUCUCUAUGUGACUUUCCUAGCAGACUUUUUCCAGGAGGAAGAUAUGCUCCUAGAGAACGUCUACUACUCAGAGAUGAAAGACGCUGGGUUCUUUGAUGCUGACUGGGAUUGAUCUGCAGAUACCACGCCGUAUGACCACUUUCAUGUGAAUUUGCAGUCGUAGCUUUCAUUUCUGGAACUUAAUCUUAGAUGGGAAAAUUGUAUGUAAACAACCGUUAUAAUCAAAUGAAAUAUGUAAAUUGAUAUCGAUAUGCUUAAUCUGUAGUAGGUAUCUUUUAUGACAGGUGGUUAGCAGCCCAACUUAGACAAUGGAUGAGGAAGGGUGUUUUUAACAACUACGAAACUAUCACCCUGAUGAAUGAAUUUACGUUUCUGUAGCCUCGUAAAAAUUCCAUACUAAUCACCUCGAUAUGCUGUUGAAA